AAUUUGAACCUACUACCAAGGUUUUUCUUUGUCCUUUUACCCAUAUCGAUUUCAAUUUGGAAACAAACUCUUGUCCUUCUUGAUUUGUCAUAUUUUAAAACCUCUUUCCCUUCACCUUUGUAUUUAAUGAAAUUUUAAGCAAAAUUCCCAGCCAUUAGAAAUAUUACAGAAGGAAUCACAUGGCAGAAGAAGUGAAGCUUUUGAAGACAUGGUCAAGCCUUUUUGGUUUGAGGAUUGUUUGGGCAUUGAAGCUCAAGGGCAUUCAAUUUGAUUCAAUAGAUGAAGACCUCACCAACAAAAGCCCUUUACUUCUUCAAUACAAUCCAGUUUACAAGAAGGUUCCUGUGCUUGUUCACAAUGGAAAAUCAAUCUCAGAAUCACUAGUGAUUAUUGAAUACAUUGAUGAGACUUGGAAGCAAAACCCUUUGCUGUCUCAAGAUCCUUAUGAAAAAGCCAUGGCUCGCUUUUGGGCCAAAUUUGGCGAUGACAAGGUUUUAUCAUCCAUAUGGAGUGUGUUCAUCAAUCAGGGGAAAGAACAAGAGGAAGCAUUACAAGUAGCCAUGGAGAACUUGAAACUCUUAGAAGAAAACCUCAAGGGAAAGAAAUUCUUUGGGGGGGAGAAGAUUGGAUUUCUGGAUCUUGCAUUGGGUUGGCUUGCUAAUUUGAUUUGUGUGCUAGAAGAGCUAAGUGACAUUAAAAUUAUAGAUAAGGAGAGAUUUCCUUUGCUAUUAGGUUGGAUGCAAGAGUUUUCACAAGCGCCACUCAUCAACGAAAGUUGGCCACCUCGUGAAAAAUUGCUCACUAAGUUCCAAAUUAUGCGUGAGAAUCAAUCCCUUUAAAGCUUG